CCGAUACAUAGGCUCCACCUCUCAGAAGGCCAUCCAGCCAGUGGAGCGUGUCCUCGGGGCUUUUCCAGACGCACGACUCGCUGGACCUUGCCUCAGCAGAGGCACAGUCCGGGUUGAGCAGAAGCUCUGGAGGUUCAGGGUGUCUGGAGAGACGUGACAAGACAGGCGAGCACCAGGCCGCGCUCACGUGGACACGCGUGACAUUAUGAAGGAGUCGGAGCAAAGCGGGGACAAGCGCGAGGAGGACAUCUCUCCGAGCAGGGACUCUGAACGAGCCUGGCCGCAAGCCUGGCCGCAAGCCUGGCCGCUCCAAGCCGCCGCUCGUCUCCGCCUGGACGUGCUGGACUUCACCGACCUUUGGGAUGAGGAAAACCUGCAAGUGGACGCAGCGAGCCGCUCGGGCAGGGCCUGGAGCGAGGAAGGCUCCUGUGGCGUCUUAGCGCCUCCUCCACCCCCAUUUCUUCUGGAGGUCUCCCCCGUUAAAAGCGCCACCCUGAAGCUCCACUGGCGGCCACUGCAGAGCGUGCCGCCGCUUCCCAGCAGGACUCGCUUCGGAACACGGAGCAUCUGGAGCCUCUUGGAGCCGGUCCGACUGGAUACAGCGCAACUGGUCUUCCUGUUUGAACGCAAGGGCAAGAGCUCGGCUCCUUUGGCCGCCGGACGAGGGGUAAGAAGAGUCCACGUCCGUGAGUACAUCCACUUGAGCUUCAGCUUCAUCCUCGCAACCCAGAAACGUGUUUCGGUGCUGGGGCUGGCGAGGAGUAACAACAUCAGCAUUACCUUGAGCGGCCUGCCUCCACAGCACCUCCUCCCGCCCGCCAUUUUCAGCAUGGACGGCAGCGUCCUGGACCGCGAGGACAUUCGGCGCCUUCAAACGCUGAUCCCGUCCGAGGAGGAACUUUGUCUGAUCAAGGAGGCCAAAGGCCGCCACGCCGACCUCUGCCUGGCCCCGGCCGACCUCUGCCUGCUGGCUCUGGGGGAGAUCCCUCACCUGGGCUCCAGGCUCCAGCUGUGGGCCUUUGUGCUGGAUUACGACUCCUUGGAGCAGGAGAUCGCCAAGCCCCUCUUCUACCUGAAGCAGGCCAUGGAGCAGCUGCUCGCCAGCCAGGCCUUCAGACACGUUCUGGCGACGGUGUUAGCCGUGGGUAACGUUCUCAACGGAUGCGAGGCCCGGGGCUUUGAGUUGAGCUACUUGGGCAAGCUUUCUCAAGUGCGGGACACGCAUUCCCGCCAACCUCUUCUGCACCACGUUUGCGCGCUCGUGCUGCAGCUCUACCCGCACUCCUCGGACCUCUGCUCGGACCUGAGCGCGGUCAGCAAAGCCGGCAAGUGUGACUACUUGCUGGUCCGAGCCAACCUGGAGCGCCUGGAAGCCCUGUCCGAGGGCUCGUGGGAGCAGAUGACCACGCUUUUGGAUCACCGUUCGGAGCUCCGCCGCAGGCUGCCAAAUCUUCUGAAAGAGCGCGCCGACAGGACCGAGGUCCUGAGGGCUGUUCACCGUCGAGUGACCAACAGGUUCCACUCCUUCCUCCUCUUCCUGGGCUACUCCAGAGCCAUGGCGCGAGAAACCAGAGCGCAGGACUUCUGCAGAACCAUCAGCAACUUCUCCCUGGAGUUUCGGGCCGCUCAGCAGACGCUCCUCCGCCAGAAAGAGCGUGCCGCCAGAAGCCAAAGGGCCAAAAGUCCGCUAUCUCGCACCGAGCAAAGCGAGCAACAUUCUAUGCUGGAGGAGGUGCUGAGGAGACCCGAGUCCGCCUCCGGGCCCGACGGGACUGUACCUCUGCGCCGCCGGAGGAUCUCCAGCCUCCGAGGUCCGGUCUGGACGAGCUGCAAGCGCUAAGCCCGCCGCCCAUGAAGAGCGCCUGCGGUUUGGUACGAGCACAAAGUAUGAACGGCGCUCUCAGAGCCACGUCUGCAUCGUUCUCAUUUGUCCUCUUGCGCUUUGGGGAGGGCGCCACCGGUGACCCACUCCAGUCAAAGAACAUACGAGGGACACGCUGGCGUGGUCACGUGACCCAUCGGCAGGAGAAGAAGCUCAAACGGCGUCUUGAAUCAUCUUGCGUGCCGCCGAUCGUUGGUCUGGCGUCCAUUUUGGGGGAAUGACUCGGCCGGUCUAGUCAGCUCCGUUUGUUGGUGCUUCAAUCCCGUUUUGAAAUAAAAUAUGUCUAGCGGCAA